AUGUCCAAGAAGGGCACGGGCGGCCGAGGCAAGGGGGACAAGGCGGAGGCCUUCGCUGCACUGCAGGCUGCCAAUGAGGAGCUUCGGGCCAAGCUCACCGACAUCCAGAUUGAGCUGCAGCAGGAGAAGAGCAAGGUGAGCAGGGUGGAGAGGGAGAAGAACCAGGAGCUGAGGCAGGUGCGGGAGCACGAGCAGCACAAGAGCGCCGUCCUGCUCACCGAGCUGAAGACGAAGCUGCACGAGGAAAAGACGAAGGAGCUCCAGGCCGUGCGGGAGGUGCUGCUGCGGCAGCACGAGGCCGAGCUGCUCAGGGUCAUCAAGAUCAAGGACAACGAGAACCAGCGGCUGCAGGCGCUGCUGCACGCGCUCCGCGACGGCGCCCCCGACAAGGUCAAGACCGUGCUGCUGUCUGAGGCCAAGGAGGAGGCCAAGAAGGGGUUCGAGGUGGAGAAGAUCAAAAUGCAGCAGGAGAUCUCUGAGCUCAAGGGGGCCAAGAGGCAGGUGGAGGAGGCGCUGACCAUCGUGAUCCAGGCCGACAAGAUCAAGGCCGCGGAAAUCAGGAGCGUGUAUCACCUCCACCAGGAGGAGAUCUCCCGCAUCAAGAAGGAGUGUGAGCGGGAGAUCCGCAGGCUGAUGGAGGAGAUAAAAUUUAAAGACAGAGCAGUCUUCGUGCUGGAGAGAGAGUUAGGGGUUCAAGCCGGGCAUGCUCAGAGACUGCAGCUCCAAAAAGAGGCUUUAGAUGAGCAGCUGUCCCAGGUCAAAGAGGCUGAUCGGCACCUGGGCAGCCCCAGGCGGGAACUUCCUUACGCAGGCGGUGCAGGAGACGCCUCAGACCACUCGGGAAGCCCUUUAAAGCGCUUAAGAGAAGCUGAGAGUCAAUACAAACCGUUGUUGGAUAAAAACAAGCGUCUCACUCGGAAGAAUGAAGAUCUGUCCCACACUUUGCGUCGGAUGGAAAACAAGCUAAAAUUUGUCACGCAGGAGAACAUAGAAAUGAGACAAAGAGCCGGGAUCAUAAGGAGACCCAGCUCCUUAAACGACCUGGAUCAAAGUCAAGACGAAAGAGAAGUUGACUUCUUGAAACUUCAAAUUGUGGAGCAGCAGAACCUCAUAGACGAGCUUUCUAAGACCCUCGAAACCGCCGGCUACGUGAAGAGUGUGCUGGAGCGAGAUAAGCUUUUGAGAUUUCGAAAGCAAAGAAAGAAAAUGGCGAAACUCCCCAAGAAGCCGGUUGUGGUGGAGACGUUCUUUGGAUACGACGAAGAGGCUUCCCUGGAAUCUGAUGGCUCCUCUGUCUCUUACCAAACGGACAGGACGGACCAGACCCCGUGCACCCCCGACGAUGACCUGGAUGAGGGCGUGGCCAAGGAGGAGACGGAGCUGAGGUUCCGGCAGCUGACCAUGGAGUACCAGGCCCUGCAGCGAGCCUACGCCUUGCUGCAGGAGCAGGUCGGAGGGACGCUGGACGCAGAGCGAGAAGUUAAGACCCGUGAGCAGCUCCAAGCAGAGGUGCAGAGGGCCCAGACGCGGAUAGAGGAUCUCGAGCAGACCCUGGCUGAGCAGGGACAGGACAUGAAGUGGAUUGAAGAGAAGCAAGCUUUGUAUCGAAGGAACCAAGAGCUCGUGGAGAAGAUCAAGCAAAUGGAGACGGAAGAGGGUCGGUUAAGACACGAGGUCCAGGAUGCAAGAGACCAGAACGAGCUGCUAGAGUUCCGGAUCCUGGAGCUGGAGGAAAGGGAGAGGAAGUCGCCCGCCAUCAACCUCCACCACACCCCGUUCGCGGAAGGGAAGAGCCCCCUCCAGGCCUACUGCGAAGCGGAAGGCGUGACGGACAUCCUGGUCGCGGAGCUGAUGAAGCAGCUGGACAUCCUGGGGGAUAACGCCCACAUCCUGGAGCUGGAAGCCAUGCUAUACGACGCCUUGCAGCAGGAGGCCGGGGCCAAAGUGGCCGAGAUUCUGUCGCAGGAGGAGCGCGAGAAGCUCAAGGUGGCCGUGGAGCAGUGGAAGCGUCAGGUCAUGAGCGAGCUGCGCGAGCGUGAUGCCCAGAUCCUGCGGGAGCGCAUGGAGUUGCUGCAGCUGGCACAGCAGAGGAUUAAAGAGUUAGAAGAGAGAAUAGAAGGUCAGAAGAGGCAGAUCAAGGAACUGGAGGAAAAGCUUUCAUUCUGUGGUCAUAGCUCGCCUGGGCCCCCUGACGUGCCCCCGGAGGAGCCAGACCCCUUUCCUCCAGCUGGACCAGAGAGCAGCCGGUGCCCGGGCCGCCAGACAAGACGCCCUGUCUCGUCCCCGAAGACCCGCGAGGAUCUGGUCUCUGCGGACCCCGGCCCGUCGAGGAAGAGGGAGAAAGGGGCGCUCUGA